UGCAAAUAAAUGUGUAUCGAUCGUCGUUGAGCUAAUCUCUUGAUGAGGAGAGUCCUUUGACUUGCGGAGUCUCGUUUCCAAAACCUCUUCAACAAAAAGAAAUAUAACAACGCUCAUGCGCCAUAUUGACUGCCGUUGUUCUUGUGAACAAGUGGACUGGUGGUUCGAGUAUCAAUUUUGUUACCAACCCUACGAUUUUGGAGAAUAUUUUAAUAGAGUUGAGCGGUUUUCCUCGUUAAAAAGUCGUUUAAAGCAGCGAAGGACGGCAAUGAUUCAAAGUUUACCUUGGUGUUUUUGGAAUCCCUGUACACAGCAACAAGAGCAAACUGGAAGACUCAAUCCCAACUUGUUCUUCCCUACGGCAAGAAUGCAGCUGUCCAACGAGAAAAGUAACCCAACGCAGUUAUCCAUCAUGCCCGUUGCAAGUUUACUAGCCAACGUUGAACGAAUUCCCAAGUUUGGUUCUCACGUUUCCACCACCAGAGAAGACCCCGAAGACGAAGUGGACACCCAACACAAGUUGCCCAGCGUGUCCAAGCAAAAGCAACUAGCGUCUUUACUAGCUGGUGGUUUAGCGGGUACGUUGUCGGCAGCUGUUACUUGUCCUUUGGAAGUUAUCAAGACCAAGUUGCAGAGUAGUAGUUCCAGUCAUCUUUCUCGCAAUGGCUCGAAAGCAUUGCAGAUAGCCAUGCAGAUUGCAAGUAAAGAAGGAUUGCGCGGUUUUUUUCGAGGUCUUGUUCCCACUUUGGUAGGUGUGAUACCAGCUCGUUCUACUUAUUUUUGGGCAUAUACUACGAGUAAGACAAUGAUGCUUCAGAAGAUAGGUGAAAGUCCUUUAGUGCAUAUGCUUUCUGCAGUCUUAGCUGGUAUGGUAUCCAACACGAUAACGAAUCCUAUUUGGAUGUUGAAAACUAGGAUGCAGUUACAAGCUGGUGGAAAUGGUGCCAUUUUGUAUACCUCAUAUGCAGAUGCUUUUCAAAGAAUCGUAAGAGAAGAAGGUUUUCGUGGAUUAUACAAAGGUUUAUCUGCUUCCUAUUGGGGUGUGACUGAAGGUGCUAUCCAUUUUGUGGUAUACGAACGUCUAAAAAAAUGGAUGUAUCAACAAAAGCCACCUGAACAAAGUCAAGGAAGGUUAUCGUCACUAGAAUAUUUGAGCAUGGCAGCUCUAUCCAAGUUGAUUGCAUCUGCGACCACCUAUCCUCAUGAAGUUGUUCGUACGCGUUUAAGAGAACAAACUCCUAUAUCAGGAGCAUUACCAAAAUAUCGUGGCGUUUUACAGUCGAUCAAAACUAUAGCACAAGAAGAAGGGAUACAAGGUUUGUAUUCUGGGAUGGGUAUGCAUCUCUUACGAUCGUUGGAUAGAAAAUCAUCCUCUGCUCAAUCAUAAUUCAUCUAGCAAGUAAUGGAU